AUGACCAAGGGCCGGCAGCUAAAGAAUAAACUAAGGCACUACAAUGUUUCGAGGGGACCCACUUCUUCACAAUCCCAGCAUGAGCAGCCAGCGUCAGUGACCGAUCGGCUUACUCAAAUGCGUGCUGAACACUUGAGAGCCAUCCAGAAUCGGAAUGGGCAAGGCAAGCAAUCACAGGUUACAAGCGUGCCACCGUUGCCCCCAAGUAUGUUGACAGAACUUUCACCUCUUCCUCCAUCCCCACUAUCAGGAUCAUCAUCUUCUAGAGUUGCAGGACCCAGACCACCACCUUCUUGGACCAUGUCUCACUACUCACACAUGGCUGCAUAUCAUGCACGUACCCCGCCACCUCGACCUUCCUAUAUCCAAUUAUGCAAUGCACGUUCAUCCUCUUUACGCACAUUAUGUGCUCGUCUCACAGUCGAUCGAAUUGUCCAUUGUCCACGUCAAGUAUCUCGAUUAUCAGUGCGCAGCAAGCAAUGGGUGCUGAGUGAAUUCGGUGAUCGAUUGACAGAUGCAUUGCUGCGCCAUUUUGCAGGGGAUUUGUAUGGGGAGUUGUGUCUUCGGGAAGCCAAGGUAUCAUUCGCUAUGCUUAUCAAGACGUUUUGGAAAACAGUGCCCUUGCCUCAAGAGCAACCCGAUGAACUGGCCGAGGAUUGGGAAGAUACUUUGGACGAUUGGGAAGAAGAAGGAGGAGAUCAACAUGAAGAAGAACAACAUUACAUCACCUAUCAACACCAUAACGAUUAUCGACUUGCGCCCAUCUUGGAUAUUCUUGGAGACCAUCAUCCCGUAUUAAUGACACCACUAUCAGCGAAACUCGUGAUGCUCGACGUUUCAUUUAUGCCACAACUCGAUCCAAGCUUUUUCUAUUUGGUGGCUUUCACAUUACCCAAUUUGACACGGCUUAUCAUGGCGGGAUCAACAGCAACUCAGGAAGUCGUGCUGCUCUUAUCACGUGAACUUAAAUUCCUCGUCUAUUGGGAUAUUGGAUACCAUACAUGGCUCACAUCGCAUGUCAUUUGCCGCGAUAUUCAAUGGGAACGGGAUCUCAAACGAUUGAAAACGUUGUGUAUUGUGGCAGCUGGACCAGAUGGACUUACGGGUCGUGACCUUGUUGACAACAUGCGUGAAAUCAGGCCGCGAUUACAUAUCGAGUGGGAGUAG